AUGGUCGUAGUGUCUUUUUUCAUUCAUCAGUUCUCAGCUAAGCUGCAAUUACAAUACCGUAAAAUUACGCUCACGGCUUCGACUAAGGAGCCUCAUUCCUUCAAGCAUACACAGAGCAAAUCCCCUCGGUCGGGCCUUGCCUAUCGCAUGAUGAUGAAUCACAGUAGUAGCAGCAGCGACAAUUUUGCAGAUUGUAACACUUCCGAGUUCCCCAUCCUAGGUGACAACAACGUGUCCCCCGUGACGCCUGAAACUCACCCAAGUAUGCGCAGUAGCCAGCGCUUCAGCUUUAGAAGCAGCAAGCGUAAACUGACUAGCUCUCCAAUGUCACGAACGCAGUCGUCGUCCUCGUCAAUGGCAGGAUCUAACUCGCUUACUGAUCGUCUUACGAUGAUGAACAUUCCAACGCAGGACCUUAAGGGCUCUGUGUUUUAUGGUUGGCUCUGGAAACGCGGUCAGUCCUUUAAGACGUGGAAAAAGCGUUUCUUUUUGCUAAACGGUGCCGUAUUGACGUAUUACACGCAAUGCUGUGUGAUUGCAUCGGGUGUCUUGGGUGGAGGCACCCGAUGUCUUGAUUUGCCCGUGAGGGGAGGAUUGCGAGUUGCUAACGCGGAAGCCUCUAAUUUGACAAGUUUUGGUCUCAAAAUUACUAGCUCCAGUGGACGUGUGCUCUAUGUGCAGGCAGGAGAUCAGGAAUCUCGUGCACAGUGGCUUGAAGUGCUUAAAGAGGCGCCACAGAUGCGAGGCGAGAUGAUGGGACGGAUGCCACUGCGUGGAACAAUGGCAAGCGACCUAUCACUUCAACACUCAUACCAGACAGAAGGUGAUUCCCCUUUUACAACGGCACUGAGCGUACUAAGCGAUGAAGACGAAGACGACGAACAGGUUUGCGACAUGCAGGGCUAUUUGUACGUGCGAGGAGGGCUUUUGCCCGGUUGGAAGAAACGCUUCGUGACACUAGCAGAUGGCCGCCUCUCCGUCCGACGUAAACGAAUGCAUCGGAGCUCGGAUUUACAGGGAUGUAGUAAGUCAGUCGAAGUACUGACGGCUGUGCCAUGGAGCGGUCAUCCGAACGGUAUUUGCAUCCGUUUAAGUAACAAUAAGGAGAUUUACGUCUACGCGGAAGAGCAUGAUGAUGCGUCCAUGUGGCUGGCCGCAUUAAAAAGCUGUUAA